UCCCCUCGCCUUGUCGGCACUCCUUUCCCGCCCUCUUCUGUCCCUUCGUGUCCCUCUCUCUCCGCCGUCCUGCUCAGCUUGUGAUGAAGAAAUCACUUCUUCCGGUGAAAAAUGUGCCUGCUUCUGAAAGGCAUAGUGUUGGAAAGGAAGAUUUAGUGAGGCUUCUGAAACAAUAUUUUGGGCAUCCCGAAUUCAGGGGAAAGCAGUUGGAGGCUAUUGAAGCUGUUUUGGCAGGAAGAGACUGUUUUUGUCUUAUGCCAACUGGAGGAGGAAAAUCUAUGUGUUAUCAGAUUCCAGCAGUGGCAAAGCCAGGCAUUGUGCUUGUGAUCUCUCCCUUGAUUGCACUGAUGGAAAACCAAGUUGCAGCACUGAAGAUGAAAGGAAUUCCUGCUGAGUUUCUCUCUUCAACACAGACUGCACAAACUAAAGAGAAGAUCCAUGAAGAGCUCAAUUCUGGAAAGCCGUCUAUUAGAUUGUUGUAUGUGACUCCAGAGUUGGUUGCAAUAUUUGGAUUCAUGACAAAGCUAACAAAGCUUUAUAAUAGAGGGUUGCUGAGUCUAAUUGCCAUUGAUGAGGCGCACUGCAUUUCAACUUGGGGCCAUGAUUUCAGGCCUAGCUACCGCAAACUGUCAUCUUUAAGGAGGCACCUUCCGGGUGUGCCAAUAUUAGCUUUGACUGCUACAGCUGUUCCAAAAGUUCAAAACGACGUGAUAGAAUCACUGUGCCUGCAGCACCCAUUAAUCCUAAGGGCAUCAUUUAAUCGUCCUAACAUAUUUUAUGAAGUUCGCUAUAAAGAUCUUCUGGCUGAUGCUUACACUGAUUUAUCAAAUCUACUCAAGUCUGCCAGAAAUGUUUGCUCAAUUGUUUAUUGUCUUGAACGUUCUAUCUGUGAUGACUUGUCUGGUUACCUAUGCAAGAAUGGCAUAUCCUCUGCUGCUUAUCAUGCGGGGCUAAACAGCAAACUCCGCAGUGCUAUAUUGGAUGAUUGGCUUUCUUCCAGAGUACAAGUCAUCGUUGCAACAGUGGCUUUUGGGAUGGGUAUAGAUAGAAAGGAUGUUCGUAUUGUUUGUCACUUUAAUAUCCCAAAGUCAAUGGAAGGCUUUUACCAAGAGUCUGGAAGAGCUGGCCGUGAUCAGUUGCCUUCAAGAAGUGUGUUGUAUUAUGGCAUGGAUGACCGCAAAAGAAUGGAAUUCAUUUUGAGAAAUGCUGCCAAUAAAAAUUCAGAGUCUUCAUCAUCCUCAAAUAGUUUGUCAGAAAAGUCCCUAGAAGCCUUCAGUCAGAUGGUGGAAUAUUGUGAAGGUUCUGGCUGCCGCCGGAAAAGAAUCCUCAAAAGUUUUGGAGAAGAGGUACCUGCAUCUCUAUGUCAAAAAUCAUGUGAUGCAUGCAAACAUCCAGGCCUGGUAUCCAGAAAACUGGAGGAACUUCGCCAUUCAUCUAACACUCACAAAAGGGAUGGAUUCUUUCCAAUUAUUAUUAAAAGCUCAAAAGAUGCUUUUUUAGAAGGCCAAGUUCAAGACACUGAAUUUUGGAAUCGAGAUGAUGAGGGAAGUUUCUCUGGUGAAGACAUUUCGGAUUCUGAUGAUGGAGUAGAGGUCAUAAGCAGUUUAACUAGGUCAAAGAUUUCAACAAAAGCAGGACUAGAUGAAAAAUUUGAGAUUUUGAAGCACGCAGAAGAGGUUUAUUAUCAAAACAAAGGCCAGAGAAAGCAGGAGGGCAGUCUUACUGACAAAAAGGCCAUAUCUGAGACACUGAAAGAAGCAAGCAAAAAGAGGUUGUUGAAUGCUCUCAAACAGGCUCAGGAAAGGCUUGGAGACCUACCGUUAGACCUCGAGGCUUCUGCUAUCUUCCUUGAAAUGGACUGCUUCAAAAAGUAUGAGAAGGUUGGGAAAACAUUCUAUAACUCACAAGUCGCUGCGACAGUCAGGUGGCUGUCAUCUUCGAGUCAUGAGCAGAUACUUGACCGGCUUAAUGCGAAUUCUACUACUCUAGUUAGCACCAACUGUAAAUCUGUUACCCCACCACCAGAUCCUAUCAUUCUGGACCACGUGCCAGGAGAAGCUUCUACUGGAGAAAACCAGGACAAUAUUAAAUUAAAGCAUUCUAAUGAAUCAGUAGAGAUGAAAGCCCCUGGAGAAAAGAUAGAACUUCCCCAAAUCCCCUCCUUUUCGGAAUUUAUUAAUCAGAAAAGGAAGGAGGGUCAGAUGGGCUCCUCAGGGGUGUCAAGCCAGUACCCCUCUAGAGGUGUCCAGAAGAGGAUUCUGGAUUCUCAAAAAAAUGGAGCAAACAACGCAAGCAAGAGGAUUAGGUAGCAAUGAAGUUUUAGCAUAUGGUUUGUUUAUUAUGAUCUCACUGAGUUCUCCCGUCCUUUCAUAGGUUUGAAACUAUUGGUCAUUGUUAAUUUAGUCAACCGUCUUCUUUUCUCCAAUGUGCGUCACUGCUCAACUCACAAAAAGAGUAUAUCGUGGUUUUUGUAAAUAAAUGAUUGCAGGCUGUCAACAGCAAAUAUGAUCGGAAUCCGCAUGACUUUGCUCUUCA